AUGUUCCACUUCCUGCCGUUUUUUACAUUUCACAGAGUCACAACAAUUGCGCAGGUGAGCGGCAGCCGGCCUUGGCACCGCAACGGGCCGGCCCCGGGUGACACGCGGUCUCGCGUCCAACCUCUCGCCGUCCCUAUAAAAGCGGCCACCGACGUCCGGUCAAUCACCACAACGCCUCGAGGCAAGCUCCGAGUCCAGACCUUCGUAGCGAAGACGCAACAAGCCGCCAUGGUAUCUGUCAGCAGCAAGACUUUCCUCCUUUCCCUCGCCGUCCUGCUCGCCUUGUGCAGCUUGGCAGCCGCCCAGUUUGGCUACGGCGGUUUCGGCCGUGGGUACGGAGGCUACGGUGGCUUCGGCCGCGGCUUCGGAGGAGGAUACGGCGGAUUCGGCCGCGGCUUCGGUGGAGGAUACGGUGGAUUUGGACGCGGAUUCGGCGGAUACGGCGGCUACGGACGUGGCUUCUACGGUUGAACGCUCCUUGUUGCUACGUUAUGCACCGAUUACGCAAAUAUUCCUUCGCGCACCGUUUUCCAAAAGUCAGCGCUCUGCGCAAUGACGUCAUGACAGAUUAGCGACGGCGUAGAAUGAAGGAGUUCAGCAGCAACUCGAAAGUAUGCAAUACGGGUUCACAAAUAAACAUGCC